GUGCAGCUAACGGUAACAUAAACGUUCAGCCGCCUGUGGUUUCACGCAGCAGGUUCACGGAACAUGAAGCUCCAGCUGGGUGGAUGAGCCUUUUUUAAAAACAUGAGUGGGGAUGUGUGCGGAGUUUCAGACGACAUGGAUUACCAGAUUUUACAGGCUGUGUGCGAUGAGGAUACCUUGUCUUCUUCCUCCGUGGGGAUGUCAGAUUUGUCUGAUGAAAUCCUGCUGUGCAUCCUCCGCCAUAUUCCGGUGUGUGACCUGCUGCUGAAUGUGGCAAAUGUCUGCCAGAAGCUUAACACGCUGUGCCAUGACAAGACCCUGCUCACAAAUGUCAGCCUGUCUGAGGAGUAUUGGGCUGACGAUGCAUUGGUUCGACGCAUACUAAAGCAGCUGGCCAAUCAUGUGCAGUCUCUGAGCCUGAAUGGCUGCUACUGGCUAUCUGGCUCCACCAUGGAGCACAUCGCACGCUGCAGAGGAGUGACGCACCUAGAUGUCACCGGUUGUCGCAUCACUUCACUUCGCCUGUCCCGUCUGCUCUCCUCCCUCGCUUUCCUCAAAUCCCUCGCUUUUGACGUGACACCAGGCUUCAACUCUGCUCAGCUCAGCUCAGAGGCGGUGGAUGCACUGAGCCGCCUGUCGGAGCUUAGGCAGAUGCUGUUGACACCAAGCUACGGUGUAGUGCCAUGCUGUGCCCAACUCCGCAAGCUGAUGUUGCAGUUUGACAUCCCAGAUGUGACCAAAGAGGGUGUCGGCGUUUGCUGUCAGUUAAUGGUUGGUCAGAGCAGUGUGCCACAUUACAAACAGCUUGAGGAGUUCACUGCCAGGUUGGCUCCAGGAGAGGUAAACCAGACCCUGCUCCUCCUUUACCUGGCAGUGUUCAGCGUUAACGUUCCGAAGCAUCUCAGAGUUUUCCUUGUGUCCAUCCCCGGUCCAAACCCGGCUCCCUGGCCUGCUGCUCCCUCAGUGGCUCAGAGCUUGGGUGAGCGGGGCGACCUGGUUGCCCUGCAGCUCCCUCGGUCAUGGCUGGACUCUGCAUCGCUAAAGCAAGCUCUGGAAGGAAACAGCCCCAAACACCUUAGCUUCAGCCGAUGCCCGGCAUUGUGGCCACAGGUGUUCCAGUCGUUGUUGAACAGUGGUGUAAGAGACGCCGCACAGCUGGUUAGUCUGAAUCUGAGCGGGAUCAACCACGUUCCUUACUCGGAGUGCAGGAUUGUGGAAGAUCAGCUGGCUGCUGGGACAAUGAGCCAGCUGGCAGACAGCUGUUCCAACAUUAAAUACCUAAACUUGAUGCACACACAUUAUCAUCAUGAAAACUCACCUGGACUGGAAGGGGAAACCCACCUGUGUGCCAGCUUGGCCAAAUUCAGACACCUGCUCUCCCUCACUCUCCCUGCCUGCGCCCUGUCAGACGGUUUAAAUACAAAUCACACGCAAAUGCAGAACACUCAUCCCUCUCCGCUUUUCCAGGGAUUGAAGAAGGUUCCUCGUGUGGGCCUCCAGAAUUACAAGCCUGACUCAGAGUCCUCUGUGUCAGGGGACAGCACAUCGGGGCUCGCUUUGCUCUUAGCUGGCUGCCUUUUUUUAGAGACCUUUGAACUUAUCGGUCCAGGUUUUGCUUCCACACUGCCUCGGCUUGAGCCGUGCACUCGUGCAAGCGUGGAGCCUCGUGGCAUGUGCGCUUGGGCACGAGGAAUUGGAGACGCACAUUUGGCGGUGCUUGAGGCUUUGCCUCGAUUGCGUCGCCUGACUCUGGCUGGUCUUCCUGGAGUUCUUAGGGGAACGGGACUGGUACAGCUGGCAAAGCAGUGCAGAGACCUGCAAGUAUUAUCCCUCGCCAAUCUGGGUUCGCUGAAAACCAUGAAUUACACCGCUGCCUUGCUGGACACACUUAAACAGUGCACGCAGCUACAGGAGCUCAGGUUGGAGCAGCCCUACCUGAAUGCGAACGCGUCGUUCUUCGAGGCUUUGUCCUGCUGCUCCCGACUGCAGCGCGUCUGCCUUAUCUCACGCUGUGGCACUUUUGACCCAUCAGCCACAGAAACUUUCAUGGAGCGGUGCUGCCAUGUCGUCAUGUGCCACAUGUUCAUGGGCGGCACCUUAGUGACGUGUCGCACGCUGCAGAAAGCUCUGCUGGACAGGUUCUCAGCAGAGCGCCCGGCACUCAGUGUGGUCAUCUAUCCGUUACAACACGAAGACCUACCCUCGGUCAUCAGAGAUAUCCCAUUAACACUGCUGGACCGGAUCACUUUGUUUCAGAGCCACGUGGCUCAACCACCACAUUUAUCACCAUUGUGACCUCAUCAGGAUGCUUUAGUGUGAUUGGUGCUCAGCAGUUGAGGUGCUCUCAUCAUUUUACUUUCUUUUUUUUUUUCUCUUGCAUGAAAUAAAAUCCACAAAUGAUGCCGAGACUGAAUGUCAUCAGCACCAUUUCUGUUUGUGUGCUCCAUAAACGACAGUUUCACGCUGCUGUCCGAGAGUACAUCAGCCACGAUUGUUUACAUUUACACCGGUGAUCAUCUUUCCAAGGGAAAUAGACUCACUCAGGCUCACGGUUCGUUCCAGGAUGUUUCAGGCGCACUGCGGCUCUGUGACGGUUGUGGCUUCUCUAUCACAAAUCAUUACAGUUCCUUUAAAAUGAAGUGCCAAAAUGGAUUUUAGGAUGCAUUUGUAUUUUAAACUUUGUACCAAAUAUCAUAAUAAAGUCUGUAUAAAUAAUUUUUAAUCCUUCCCUUGUGUGCUGCUCUUC